UCUUUAGAUGUCUACAACUAGCAAAAUUGCAUUGAGUCUUGCAAUUUCUGGAUCAGCUGGUAUUGUAUAUUUUGUUCACUGGUCUCAACAAAAUGAUAGAGUACGUUUACGACAAGGUGUAAUUUAUGAUAUUCAGCGCCAGGAAAGAAAAAGAUUGAAUUUAGACGAUCUUAAAGAACAGCAACGAUUGACUGAAACAUUAUCUAAAAGCAAUAGUAAAUCAUGAAUUCUAAUACUUUAUCAUUGGCUGUAACAUCGGGUAUUGCAGCUUUAGUGGGGAGUCUUGCUAUUUGGAAAAUCAAAUCUGGAUAUGCAUCUUUAGCAAAUAGCAAAGAAAAAGAUUUUUCAGAAAUUGUACAUGACUUAAAGGUAGAAAGCAUUGCUACAUUGCUGAAAUCAAGUGACUUUAAAAUUCGACAAUCAGCAGAACAACUACUUAUGGAGCGAUCUGCUCGAAAAUUGAAUCUUAUGUAUAUUCUCAAGCAAUGCAUUCAAAAUGACAUUAAAAAAGUUGUUAAAGCUGUUACAGCAAUACAUCUUUUAGUGAAAUCAUCUGAGCAUGCAAAAGGACUGUUAAUAGACUUGCAAGCUAUAGAAACUUUAACAAAAACCAUUGAAAAUAUUUCUAAAUCUUUCGAUUAUAAUUAUUUGGUACAAGAAUGUAAAAAAAAUUAUGUUGUAGAAAAAGUGAUGACUCAUUGUAUGGCUUCAUUAUUUUAUUUAUUACUUCACAGCCCAACUGCUUUAGCUGAAUUUAGCAAGGAAAAAAAUUGUAUCAAAGAGAUUUUUGUCAAUAUCUUAGGUGAUCAUAGCUUUUGUAUACCAAAAGAAGUGAGACGGUGGUCUACAUAUAUUUUGUAUCAAUUAGUACAACAAGACAUGAGUAUUAAAAGUUCACUACGGCAAUGGGGAAUUAUUAGAAAAGUUACAAGAUGUAUUAUUGUAACUUCUGGUGAUAUAUUACAGAUACAACUCUGUUUGCAAAUAAUUGUUCAGUAUUUGAAUGACAAUGUGGAGGAGAUGGUUCAAAUUUGUAAAGAAAUGGCAAGUUUGGGUAUAAUUUCUCAUUUAGUUGGUUUGCUUCGUAGCGAUGAUGAUGAAAAUAUUGUACAAUUAUCUGCUAUUUUGAUUCACAAUUUUUGUUGUUUCGAUGUUGACAUAGUAAAUCUAGUACAGAUUCCAGGUUUUGUUAAAAUAUUAUAUGCUGUUUUAAAUUCUUCGGACCAUGGUACACAACAUACAAUACUUCGUAUUUGUAAUUAUCUUUCAGUAGGAAAUAAUAAAUUUUGCACAACAUUGCUUGAACACAAACCUUUGAUAAAGAAACUAUCUGUAUUUAUGUGUUCUAGUAGCAGUGAAGUGAUGAGCAGCAGUCUUAUGCUUGUUCAUGAUCUACUCAUGUCAGAUAAAAGUUUUAUUCCAAAGCUUGUCAAAGUAAACCCAGAAAUUAUCAAAUCAUUAGUAAAGUUAUCCUUUACAUGUGAAAAUGACACAGUUCAACUCAUUGCAGAAACACUUGGUUAUCUUUGCUCAUGUGAAUCACUUCACUCUUUAAUGCUUGAAUAUGGUGUGGUCAACUCGAUUCUUCACUUUGCUAAAAGUGGGGAUGUUGGAGUACAGUUUUGGUCAUCAGCAUUGCUAUUGAAUAUUUCUAUGUUAUCAGAUCAAAUGAAAGAAACAAUAAUACAAAAUGGUGGCAUAAAUAUUUUACUUGAAAUGGCAGUUAGUAUAGAUGAAGUUGACCUUCCAGAUAUAGCUAUAAAUGCAACAAAAACUCUUGUUAGUCUAGGAUAUUUAGAUUUAUCUUUAAAUGUAAAACUCACCUGUGGACUUGAAUCAAGCAUUGUUAUUAAUGAAAAAGAGUAUUGCCCGGGUAAGCAAGGCAUAAAUUUGAUCUCUUUGGAUUUUCUUAAUUACAAAUAUUCAAAAGGGUUAGUCAUUCAACCAUCAGAGCUGGAAGCUUAUCUUAAUGCAAAUAUGGAUUCCUUAAAAAAGUCUGACUCCUUGUUUAUUGUCACACAAGGGGAUUGUACUGUUUUAGAACAAGGGGGGAUGCCAUCAAUUGUUUAUCAGUUAUUUAUGAAAAGUAAAGAUGUUAGUUUUCUUUAUUCACCUGCUUGGUGUCUUGUACUCACAUGUCAUCAUUGUGAGGUCGUUCACGGAGUUCAAAACAUCACUAAGCAUAUGUUAUUACCAUUGGGUGAAUUAGUCAGUGCAAUAUUGCAAGAAAACUUUACCAUGCCACUUAUUGAUGUGUUACUUGCUGUACCAACAACUACAACACUUUGUAAGACAGAAGAGUUAAAACAAGUAGAAAUAUUAGCCAGAAAUUCCUUUCAAAGAAGAGUUAUUGUUACAUCUGCAAGUUUUCUUGGUUACUUGAGUGAAUUAAUAUGGAAUGUUGCUGAUGGUAAGUUUAAAGGACUAAGUGAACCUCGUCACCAGAUACUGGUAGCUCAUUGUGCUGCAGCUUUAAAAAUUUUACAUCUAUGUAGCAUUGACACAGUUUCAACAAAUGAUCUUUUUUCUUGUGGUUUAGUUAAUCCUCUUGUUGCAUUGAUUGUUUCUUUAAUACCUGGAUUAAUGAAUAAAAUUCAAAUAACUAAACCAAUUGAUGAAAAACCUGCUUUAGGUAAAUUUGAAGAGAGUUUAAAAGGUAUUUCUGAGCAAAAAAAAUAUUUUGACUUUGAAUUUGAUGAGUCAGAAAAUAAAAGUUUUAUUUCAUCUGAUGAAGAAUCUUUAUUAGAAGGAGUUACAAAUGAUGAUAUUUUUUUACCUGGAAAUUUAAACGAUUAUAAAAAGCAAUCAAUCACAUAUGGCAAAGAAAAUCAUCAAAAAAGGAUUUCACGCUUACGUUCUGAUUCGUAUAUUUUACGUAAUCAAUCAUUGUUGGAUCCACAAAACUAUGGUGUACAUAAUGAGCCAUCAGUUUUUUUUGAAGAAUCAGAAAAUGAACAGAGAGUAAUCACUAGUCACGGUCGAACAUUUUCAAUUUCAGCUACUCAUCAGCAAAUGAGACGUAUUUCAAGGACACUUAGUGCAACUUUACAACAAACAAAGUCUGAAGAGUCUUCACCUCAGCUAAAUGAUCCUAAUGAAGUUUUAAAAGAGCUCACCAAGCAAACGAUUGCGAUUAUAUACCAUAUGAUAAAAAAUGGUAGCAAAGAAAUCUGUUUAGAAAUAUGUUCUACACACAUUUUAUCUAUACUUUACUGUUUAGUGGGAUGUUUUGCUGGAAAUUUUCAAAAAAGCAUAGGACUAACUUUGUCAUCAAUGAUGUUACAUACUAGUAAAACAUUAGGAAAUGUUUCUGAACCAUUAAUUGAUUUUAAUGUUUCAAUGGAGCGAUUGGCUUCACAUCACACAAGUAUCAUUAGCUCUGAUGGUCUUCAAAUAACCAAUGAAAAUUGGUUUUUCGAAACAGUUUGCGCAAAUCAAUAUAUCUGUAGAUCUUUAUAUUCUGAUGAAUAUUCUCCACUUGGUUGGUAUUAUGAAGUCACUGUAUUAACUGAUGGUAUCAUGCAAAUAGGAUGGAUGAAUGAUAAAUGCUUGUUUAGCCCUGAAAAGGGCAUAGGAGUUGGUGAUGAUAUGGAAUCAUGUGGUUUUGAUGGUGCAAGAUGCAAAAUUUGGGAUGGACCAUCUAGAGAUUCACAUGGAUCUAAUGAUUAUGGAAUUGAAUGGCAAACCGAAGAUGUGAUUAGUGUUUUAUUAACAUGGAAUGGUAUUGUAUCUUUCUGGAUAAAUGGCAAAGACAUGGGUCCUAUAAGCAAAAAGCUUGAUUUAGAUGGCAAAUGGUAUCCAGCUGCCUCUCUUUCAGCUAAUCAAUGCUGCACUUUUGCUUUUGAUGAAGAAGAUUUCAGACAUUCUAAACCUAAUGGAUUUCACUCUCUUGCUGAAUUAAAAAGGAAAAUAAAUGGUUUUUGCAAACCAAAUGUUAUUUUAAAUCCUACUUUUGAAUCUUUGCCAUCCAUCAUUUUUAAAGACUCUGUUCAAUUGGUAUACUACUUUGAAGUAAAUCUAUCGAAUUAUUUAUCACUCAAAGACUUCACUAUUGGCUAUUUAUGCUCAGCUGUUCAGCCUCUUGUUUCUUGUAAUAGAACUUUUGUAUAUUAUGGCGGAAACGUAUUUGGUUGUGGUCUUCUUUUGCCAUACAUGGAGCUAGUCUUCACUUGUAAUGGACAAAUUAUUUUUAGGGAUCCAGUUAAGUUUGAUUUUGCUGAAGAGUCUUUUUUAAAACUUCUUCCGUUUGUUUCAAUAAAAAAGGUGAAGUUAAAUUUAGGACAACACACUUUUGCAUACAAAGAAGCAAAUUCAAUGCUAUAUAAGCAGGGAUAUCUUCACGCUGUUUACAAUAUUAUGACAAUACUAGAUGGUGUUUCUUAAGAUAUUUUGAAAUGUAGUUUUUUUGUAUGUUAUGUAAAUGUUUUAAUUCUUAAAUUUUAUUUUCAUGUUUAAAAUGUUUUAUAAAAAAAAACUAUUUUCAUUUUAAAUGAAUUUAAGCAUUUGAUACAAAAAAUGCUCUUAAAUAGUAACUGGAAUUAUUUCUAUACAUAAGUCAAAUACAAAAUAUUUGUAAACUUGAAAACUUUUCAUGAUUAUAAUUUUUAUCAACACUGA